AUGCGCUGCCUAAUCACUCUACUCUUCCUGGCUAUCACCUUCUAUUCUGUAUCAGCAGAUGACAAGUUCAUCUUCAACGUCACCCUCAAUUGUGGCUAUCACCAAAGAACGUCGUACACCUAUAAUCUACAAUUCCUUGAGCAUGACUACUGGAUUUUGAAUAGUAAUGACAAGAUUACACCGCAAAAGAUCGGUGAAGCACGCCCAGGAGUCGCUCGUAUUAUGAUGCAAGGCUCGCAGAAUGGUGAUGAAAAGUGGUCGUCGGGCUACGACGUUAUCAUGCACCUUUACCAUGAUUGUUCUGAAUAUGAGAGUGAAAUGGAGUUGACUCUCAACAUUAAACCGCAAUGCGAGAUAGGAAAAGGAAUUUGUCGAUAUGUGAUCUCGAAGGAUAUCAAAGAUGUGAGCGGAGAAAUGGAUUAUCAAGCGAAGCUGCGUGACCCGUGUCAAGAUGGGCGUCUCGAAACGUGGCAGCCACGUGGCAAUGUCGAUGCGCCGCCGAACCGAGUAGAAGAUAAUCAGUUUCGGUUUUUAACCGCUUCGAUAUCCUACAGCACUUCUGCAAGCAUGUCGGGAGGAGGAGAUUCAAAACCAAUCGAAAAUAAGAAGGACGUGAAGAAGGGUUUCGACACCCGCAAAUUCUUGAUCGAUCUCGCUUCAGGAGGAACUGCUGCCGCUGUCUCCAAGACUGCCGUCGCACCAAUCGAGCGUGUCAAACUUCUUCUGCAAGUUCAAGAUGCUUCUCAAACCAUCACCGCCGACAAGCGCUACAAGGGAAUCGUCGAUGUGCUCGUUCGUGUGCCGAAGGAGCAAGGAUAUGCGGCUCUUUGGAGAGGAAACUUGGCUAAUGUCAUUCGGUACUUCCCGACACAGGCGCUGAAUUUCGCCUUCAAGGACACCUACAAGAACAUGUUCCAGAAGGGAUUGGACAAGAAGAAGGAUUUCUGGAAGUUCUUUGCUGGAAAUCUCGCUUCUGGAGGAGCUGCCGGAGCCACGUCUCUCUGCUUUGUCUACCCAUUGGACUUCGCCCGUACUCGUUUGGCUGCUGACGUCGGAAAAGCUAAUGAACGCGAGUUCAAGGGAUUAGCCGAUUGUCUCGUCAAGAUUGCCAAGUCUGAUGGACCAAUCGGACUCUACAGAGGUUUCUUCGUCUCCGUGCAAGGUAUCAUCAUCUACCGUGCCGCCUACUUCGGAAUGUUCGACACCGCCAAGAUGGUCUUCACUUCUGACGGAAAGAAACUCAACUUCUUCGCCGCCUGGGCUAUCGCUCAGGUCGUCACAGUUGGAUCUGGAAUCCUCUCCUAUCCAUGGGACACUGUUCGUCGUCGCAUGAUGAUGCAGUCUGGCCGCAAGGACAUCCUCUACAAGAACACUUUGGACUGCGCCGUCAAGAUCAUCAAGAACGAAGGAAUGUCCGCCAUGUUCAAGGGAGCUCUGUCCAACGUGUUCCGUGGAACUGGAGGUGCUCUCGUGCUCGCAAUCUACGACGAAAUCCAAAAGUUCAUCUAA